AUGGCCCUAGUAGCGCGCACGAGGACGGUGUUGCUAGUGGCGGUGCUCACUGUGCUGGGGCUAGCCACCGGUGGCGUCGCGCAGCUCAAGAACGGGUUCUACACGGGCAAGUGUGGUGCCAACGACGUGGAGACGAUCGUGCAGGGCCUCGUCAAGGCCCGCGUCGCCCGUGACGCCGCGAUCGUUGCCCAACUCCUGCGCUUGCAGUUCCACGAGUGCGCCAUCAAUGGCUGCGACGCUGGGCUCCUGGUCGAUGGCCCCGGGACUGAGAAGACGGCAAAGCCGAACCUGAGCGUGAAGGGCUAUGACCUAAUCGCGGCUAUCAAGACGGAGCUCGAGAAGCGGUGCCCUGGCGUCGUGUCCUGCUCCGACAUUGAGAUCCUCGCCACAAGGGACGCGGUCGCUCUAGCUGGUGGGCAGAGGUACGCCGUGCGCACCGGGCGAAGAGACAGGCGGCGCUCCACUGCUACCGACGUGAAGCUUCCCAAGGAAGAGGAUACAGCCGCGCAGGCGGCCUCUUACUUCGGCAGCCUCGGUUUCACCGAGCUGGAGAUGGUGGUUCUUCUAGGCGCCCAUACCGUGGGCGUGACCCACUGCAGCAAGAUCAAGAAGACACGUCUCUAUAGCUAUGGCGGCAAGGCCAACUCGACAGACCCAAGCCUAGACCCAAGCGACGUGGCCGUGUACAAGAAGUUUGUGUGCCCCAACACGGCCUCGUCGGACAACAACAUCCUGUACCUGGACACCCAGUCCAGCGUGUCCAGGAUAGACAACAGCUACUACAAGAGGCUGCAGGGGCGCCACGGCGUGCUCUCCGUCGACCAGAACCUCUAUGCCAAUGGUGCCUCCACCAAGAGGCACGUCGACAACCUCGCCAACAACGUCAUCGACUUCUCCUCACUCUUCCCGAAGGCGCUCAUCAAGCUCAGCGAGCUCAAGGUGCUUACCGGCAUGCAGGGUGAGGUGCGGAAGGUCUGCAGCAGGUUCAACUGAUCAUUUAUAGUCUUUUUCCUAUCUGAA